AUGGACAUCGCCGCGAUGGUCGCCGCGAAAGCGCGCGCGGCCGCGGCGAAGGUGAGCGAAGACCACGGGAUCACGUCGCGGCAUCGCGCCCCGCACGGCGCGCGGCUCGCCAACUACCUCCAGGGCGGAGGCGUCGUCGGCGCCGGCGCGGCCGCGGCGGGCGGCGCGCUCGCGCUCGCGGACGCGCCUCACGACGCCGCCGCCGAAAGCGGCGACCGCGCGCUCGUCACCGUGGGCGCGACGAAUAACAGGGUCAACGGCGCGCUCGUCGCGAUGCGCCCGCAGGCGCACCAGGUGCACUCGCUGACGUUCGCGCAAUAUCGCGAGGCGCAUCUCAACGCGAAGCGCGCGCGACGGGAGGGAUCCGCGUGGGGGGCGUGCCACGCGGACGAGCCCGAAGCGUCGCGAGGACGAGCGCUGGCGUACAGGAUGAGGAUCGAUCAGCUCUCGGGGAAGAUGGACGCGACGCCGAUCGUGGUUCCGCCGAGUCGAUGGGACGACGACGAAGACGACGACGAAGACGAAGACGACGACGAAGACGAGAUGUGCGAACGCGACGAAAACGGGAAGCGCCGCCGCCGCCGGUCGCCGUCGCCGCCGCCCGAAUACGACGCGACGACGGGCCAGCGCACGAACACGCGCGAGCAGCGCGCGUGGGACGCGUGGGAGCAAGAGCGCCGCGAGUGCGUCCAGGAGCUGCUCCAGUGCGACCCGACGUUCAAACCCCCGAACGGCCACCGACCGCUCGUGAAGGAGCUUCGCCUGUACCUGCCGAAAAACGUCCCGGGAUACAACUUCAUCGGUCUGAUCAUCGGCCCGAGAGGCAACACGCAGAAGAUGCUCGAGGAGUACACCGGCGCGCGCAUCGCGGUGAGAGGCAGAGGCAGCGAGAAGCAGGGGAGGAAGGCGACGUUCCAAAACGCCGCGGGGAUGGACGACGAGCUCCACGUGUACAUCACCGCCGACACGAUCGAAAAAGUCGACCGCGCCGCGCGGCUCAUUCACCCGCUGCUGACGCCGCUGGACGAGCAGCACAACGUGCACAAGCAGCGGCAGCUCGCGGAGCUCGCGGAGAUCAACGGGACGCUGCUGAAUUUCAGCUCGAGAGCCGCGCAGGAGCGGUUGCGGGAGGAGGAGGAGGAAAAGAACGCGUACGCGUUGACCGGGGACGUGAAGCGCCGGGUGGACGCCAUGUACGAGAAGGACGUCGCGGAGAAGCUGCGGAGGGAGAACGGCGGCGGCGGCACAGCCGGCGGCGGGGCUGGGAUGGACGACGAGUACGAGAGUUUCCUGUCCGAGCUGACGGAUAACCUGGGGAAAGGCGCGGGGGUCCCGGGGCGCGACGGGAGCGGCGGCGGCGGCGGCGGCUCGGGAGUCGCGGCGUCGGCGAGACCCCACCACCGCCCGGGGGUCCCGCCGCCGGUCGCACCGAUCGCGCCCGUCGGCCCCGGGUGGGCGCCCGGGUCGAUGCCGGAGCACUUACGGCCCGUCGCGCCCGCGUUCCCGGCGGCGGCGCCGACCGCGUCGCCCGCCGCGCCCGCUUCGAUUCCCCCCGAGGACGUCUUGAUCCCGAGCACCGCCGCGAUAGACGCCGGGCUCGCGCUGUCGGGCGUGUACGGCGCGGGGAUCGCCGCCGCGGCGUCGGUCGCGAACGGCGUCGCGCUCAUGCGACGAACGCUGACGCGCGAGAGAGAGAGUAAGGCGGCGCGGAAAAAAGCGGGGACGACACAGCUGGCGCGCGGCGGCGGCGGCGGCGGCGACGCGGGGACGUCCGACGCGCCGCCGCCGCGCGCGUCGGACGAGCCGGAGAUCGCGGAGGAGGUCGUGGACGACGAGUACGCGCGGAUGAUGGCGGAGCUCGAGGAUUGA